AUGCGGUUAGAUCCCACCGAUCCUGGCCUUCCCUCCGCCGCCGCCGUCGGCGGGGUGGAUCAAGGCAACUUCAAGCGUGUCGCUGACCGAUACCUCAAGCGCGAGGUACUCGGUGAGGGUACAUAUGGUGUCGUCUUCAAGGCCGUCGACACUAAGGUCGGUCUGUAGUACUGGCUGCUUCCCCAAAUCCACCAGUACUUUCUUUUUCCUCAUCUUUCUGCGUCUCUUUCUGGACGAUGGAUUUUAAUGCCUUUCCCUCCUUCGACCAUGAUGAGAGGUUUUGAUUCCUUUUGCGCAUUCAGUUUCUUUAUUCGGUAGAUUGGUACAACGGCGACGUGUAUGAUAAUUGACGUUUUGUAGAUCCCUUUCCCAUAGUUUUCCCUGUACAGAGGAAUGAUUUUCUAUUUCAAUUACCUCUGACUAUGGGAACAUUCAAGAAAGCCGAUCCACCUGUGCAGCCACUGGAUCACCCGUUUUCAUGGGUCCUUGUUAUCAUGUUUUUAUUUAUUUAUUUAUUUAUUGCAAGUUUACUGACUCUAUAAGAGACAUUAAAACUCAAUAACCGUGGAAUGAUGUUUCGGAGAAAGAGAAAUUUUAAUACCGUUACCUUGUUUAGUAGAAUGUUAAAUGGGGAAAUCUCUUGAUGCUCAGAUUGGUGAAGAUUAUAGUGCAAAAUAUUGUGUUGCUGUGAAAGCCUCUGAGGCGGAGAUAUCUUGUAACUGUAAAUUUUUCUGGGUUUUUUCCUUGAGAAUACCAUGCCUCACCUGAGAGAUUAUUAAACGUUAUAUGGAACGGUAAAUACGUGUCUCCACCUCUAGGGAGAGGAGAUUUAGUGCUUGAUACUAAGCCUUAUGCAUUUAAAAGCACGUAAAUCACUUGUAGUUCACAUAAUUUACAUGAACGUUAUUAGGAACUUUGUAAUCUGAAAGUGAAACUGUAUGAUAUUACCUUCUGUUAAUGUCUUUAAUAUUUUUGGAAUUAUUAAUUAUUCCUUACAAUCAAUGUCUUAUGCAUCAAGGAGAGGAAGAAAAUAUGCAUUUUCCACGUGUAGUUGGUAACACUACUUUUUAUUCUAAGUGAAGCACAUUCACUUGCCAAAGACGUACAUGUGUUGCUGCUCUGAGGGGCAUACCUUCAGAGAGAUAUCAUCUAUCCUGUUGUUGGUAUAUUACACAGGGCCUUAGGCCCCAAGAUCCGCGUAUUGCAAGAAUUUUUUUUGAGUUUUCAAAUUUUGGAAAACUGAUCAUCUACGGAAGAGUCAACGAUAUGAAGGGAUAUCACUCAUUUCUAUCAAGAAGCGUGAGGCCGUAAUUUUUACGGUUACUGUGGCCAGUUACACUUGAGGGUUAUUUGGUUGAAGUGAUUUUUAUUUUGAUGUUAUUUAGUGUCCGAUACAGAAGAUAUCACUGGAUAUAUAAAAACGCAGCAUCUGAAUGUACAUAUUUAAGUGAAUUUCUCCACAAGCUUAUGGAUGUGUUUUUACUGCAAUGCAGUUCAUGCCUUGGUACUUCGUAUAACGCUCAGCAUUCCUAGAAAAUACUAUUAUAAGCCCUAAUGUUUGGAGUCAUUUUGCAUUGAAGACGUAAUUUUUUGUUUUUUUCCCGAAAAAUCUUAUUUGAGCAUGCUUGUGACCAUAAAUUUAAGUCCAGAGCUUGUAUUUUUUUUCUCAUCAUCCGUUCACGUGGUUAUGCUUUUUUUUUUUGCAUUUAUAUCCUUGUUUCAUAAAUAUUCUAAGCUCCUAGAUUCCUUGUUUAAUUAAAAAUUUCCCUUUUCUAGAAAAUUACUUUCUGUGCCCACUGUGCUGUUAAGUUUUAGCAAGGCGAUACAUUUAGCUCUGCAUUUUGUUUUCCUUAGAUCACAUUCUAAACGUGGCUAAGGAUAUCUUUCAUAAACCUGGCUAAAUUUUCAGUUUCAUUUGCAUUUGUUGAUGAUUUGAGUUUUGUUUUAUUUCUUAAGAAUAGUAGGUAGGUUGAUGAAAAUGAAAGUCAUUGCAGCUAUUUUUCCUUCUUUUUGUUUUGGUGCUCAGAGAUUUCGCUUUUUAAUGUCGUCUUGAUUAGAAAUCUAUAACAGUUUCACCUUAUCUUAAAAAUUUAUUUACAGCAGUUCCUUUUACAAUGAUUUCUGCUUAUAAACGUUAGGAUAUGUGCAGACUGGACAGAUAGUUGCAAUUAAGAAGAUUAGACUUGGAGCACAAAAGGAGGGCAUAAAUUUUACUGCUCUCAGGGAAAUAAAGCUGCUGAAGGAACUCAAGGAUCCCAAUAUAAUAGAACUGAUAGAUGCUUUCCCUCACAAAGGAAACUUGCAUCUUGUGUUUGAGUUCAUGGAAAGUGACUUAGAGGCAGUUAUUCGUGACCGGAAUAUUGUUCUUUCUCCAGCAGAUAUCAAAUCCUUCCUACAAAUGACCUUAAGAGGUCUUGUAUUUUGUCAUAGGAAAUGGGUCCUCCAUAGGUACGUUAAUAUAAAAAAAUUCAAAUAGAAACUCUCUUUUAAGCUAUCGUUAUUUCACUAAUAUGAGUUUGUGUUGUAGGGACAUGAAGCCCAACAACCUACUUAUUGCUGCCGAUGGUCAACUUAAGCUUGCAGAUUUUGGUUUAGCUCGCAUUUUUGGAAGUCCGGAUCGCAGAUUCACUCACCAAGUACCUCCUCUGCUACUGCGUUUCCUUGACAUCUUGCGUUUUAUUAGAUGUGCCAUCUUUCUGUCCAUUCGAGAUCUCACUUGUGAAUGGUGGUAGUAUGUUGCAGUAAACUUGGUGUGCAUUUAGUUCUCCAAUAUAUGCUUGCUUCAUAGUUGGCAGCAUUAUACACGAAGAGGCUGAACUGUUGUGUUGGAUUGUAAGUUAUUAAGGAAUCGAUCAAUCAUCAGUUAUCAGUUUUUUGCAUAGUACAUGGGAAGCAUUGGUGUCAUUUGUUAGAAGAGCUAUGUCGGAAAACUGCUAUAAAGUAUUUUUUUUCCAAUCCUGGCAUAUCUGGGAUAUCUACGAUCCUUAACUAAGAUUGUCCUGCUGCUAGAAGAAACAGAUUCCUAUAUUUAGAUAAUGUAUGGUAUUCUGCUGUUAAAGGCCUUGCAUCAAUUUUGUGGUGCAAAUAAAUUUCUAUCAUAUUAUUUGAUCAUUUAUUAUUAAAAUCCAUAUUUCGUUUGUUUUGACUAUUUUGUGAAAUGCCGAAUGCAAAAUAUCUUGAAGUUGCACACCGUGAUGUAGAAUAAUAAUUCAGAAAAUGUGUGUACGCAGUAUAUUAAAGGGAUGAGACCUUUCUAAAAUAAUACUAUUUUCUUUGGGCUGCUCUUUUUAUCAUUCUUGUUAGGAAUUGACUAUCAUUGUUAGAGGCAAUCUGAAGAUAACUCCCUAGACUUUUUCUUAAGAAAAAGAUCUAGAUUAUGGCAUUGUAAGUCUUCUAAUCUGUUUCUAGAAAUGUGGUAUGAUUACUCUAAUGCUGCUUUUCAAAAGGCACUGAACAUUUCCUAUGGAAUCUUGCAUGAAUUUUUAAAUGAAUAAACUAUUUGAAUGUCUACUGAUCAUUAUCACGCGGCUUCCUAUGAAACACCCUGAAACUGCCCCGGGAGCUUCCGGUUCCGCCAUUCAUACAUCAUACGUGGUGAAAGAUACAUUUCGAGAAGGUCGAAAAUUUUCCAUGGAUUUAAACCUGGAAAUCAGUAAAGAAUUGGCCUUAAUCCCAAUCCCACUUUGGCCCUGGAAACUGUCAGAUACCAAGCAGUGUCUUCUUCCUCUUAAAUCAUACUCUUCGUGUCUUCUGUACUGCUUUAUGUUGGUCGUGGAUGGGUCUCUAUCCCUGCAAUGGCCAAUUACCUUAUAAGGCGCUGCUAUGUAUCUCUAUCUUUGACAGGUUGAUUCCUCUCAUUUAAUGAGAUGCUCCUCACCUGUCUCCUUUCCCUUCUUUCUUAGAUAUUUCCAACAAGUUCCCUUUCCCGGUAUCUCAACCAGUUCCUCAUGGGAAAGCAACGUUCUCACCUAUUCGGAAUAUCUUACCAAUUUCUCAACGGUUUUAUUUUUACUAUUAUUCAUAGUCAAAUUUAAACUGUUUGAAAUUCUCUCUUGGAUUCUUCUUAUCAUCUUUUUCAUCAAUUUCUUUAUUCAGCCCGGAGUUCAAGUCCAUAAAGGCUUCUCCUUUCUCUCUGUAUCUGUCUUCUAUUCUACUCCGCAGGUUUUUGCUCGGUGGUACAGAGCACCCGAGUUGCUCUUUGGUGCGAAGCAGUAUGGACCGGGGGUCGAUGUGUGGGCAGCUGGCUGCAUCUUUGCUGAGCUCCUCCUCCGUCGGCCUUUUCUGCAGGUAUUCACUCUUCAUCUCUUCCUGUCUCCCUCCUCCUGUGCUCUGGUUUUUUCGUCAAUUCCAAGGUCCCUUAGCUGCCCUGAUGCACCUAUUAAAAAAUAAAAUAAUUCUUCUCGUAUUUAUCUUCUUGAGAAAAUAUGCAGCCCCGAGAACUAAAUCUGCAGCCACUUAAAUGUGAUCACUAUAUAUGAAGGUCAAUUUUCAUUUAGUAGCCCCGAGAACUCUGUUUAUUCCUCCUAGAUUAUCAUUUCCAGAAGACUCGAACUUCUCGCGGUCAAUUUAUCCACAUAUCUUGUGCUUUACCCUCUUGAAAAACCAGGGUGGUGGGAACUAUGUAACACUCUAUGCAGCUUUCCGCUCAUCUCCAGUGCAUGAAUUUUUCGAUUCUUUUGCAUAAUCCGGGGGCCGGACGGUUUUCUUUGCCCCAGCUUGGCGAAUCGCAUCCCCGCGCAACGACAUUGUCGCCCCUUACCAUUCUUUGACCUCUCAAGAGUGUUGUCUCAAGAGCGUAGUAGUCAUAUGGGGAGUGGUUGACCUCAAAACAGCCCAGUGGGGGCAGACUAGUUUAGUCUUCAUACUAUACAAAUGGCCAAUGUUCAUCACUCUACAAUUUUCCUCUUAAGAUGUUUUUCAUUUCCAGGGAACUGAUCCUUCUGGUGGUCAAUUUAUCCCCGAUCCUCCUCUUUCUUCCCCUCGGUGAAAAAAAUUAAAAUGUCCGAGAUCCACAUGAAGCGUUGAACUCAUCUUCUCUCUCUCUCUCUCUCGCUCUGAGUCUCUCUCAGUUGUUCUUACUGUGUGCUGAAUGGAAUGGAAUCCCUUCUUGGCUUUGACUCGACAGGGUGUGAGCGACAUCGACCAGCUUGGGAAGAUCUUUGCGGCCCUUGGGACCCCAACGCCGGCCCAGUGGCCCGACAUGGUCCACCUCCCCGACUACGUCGAGUACCAGUUUGUCCCCCCGCCGCCUCUCCGCUCGCUCUUCCCCAACACCAGCGACGACGCCCUCGACCUCCUCUCAAAGAUGCUCGCCUACGACCCCAAGACCCGAAUCUCCGCCCACCAGGCCCUUGAUCACAGGUCCCCCCCCAUUCAUACGUAAUUGACAUAUAUUUAUCCAAAUUCACUUACACAUGUAGAUUGACAGAUAGAGAUAGGGAGUUAGAGAGAGAGUAUAAGUCUUGAUUCUGCAUGCAGGUACUUCACGUCGGUCCCGGCCCCGACAAAGCCGGCUCUGUUGCCGAGGCCCGCUCCAAAAGGGGAGUCUUUGAGCCGCCGGCUGCCGGACUUGAAUGUGCAGAAGGGCCCGGUGGUGCUGUCGCCGCCGAGGAAGUCAAGGAGAGUGAUGCUGCCAAAAGAGGCGGAGGGGAACCCCCUGGAGGCGGAGGACCGGGGCGGCGGUGGCGGCGGCCCGAGUGGGCACAUGCCGAUGUCGAUUGACCUGGCGGCGGCCUUCGGGUCAAAGCCAAUCCCCCGGCCGAAGCUUAACAGGUUAGAUAUCUGUUGACUUUCUAGUUGAGACCGCCCUGGAUGGGGUUGACUUUCUGGAUGAGGAGUCUAAUGCGGUCGCUUAUGCCCGAGUUUUGCAGCGUGGACAGGUCCCAUCUGAAGAGGAAGCUGGAUCUGGAUGCAGAGUUUGGGUGA